CGCCCGCCCCUCCCGCCCGGGUGCGAGUGUAAACUCGCAGCGCCGGGGCGGGCGGCAGCGAGCGGGCGAGCGCGCUGAGCUGGGCACUGCGCGGGGGCGCACCGCUCGGGGGACCCAGGCCCCGCCACCUUCCCUCCGCCCCCGGGCUCUGUUCUCACUUUUGAGCAGUGGAAGGACGGAAGCAGGAGCCAUGCAGUCGGAAUCGGGGAUCGUGCCGGAUUUCGAAGUCGGGGAGGAGUUUCACGAAGAGCCCAAAACCUAUUACGAACUCAAAAGUCAACCUCUGAAGAGCAGCAGUUCCGAGGAGCAUCCUGGGGCCUCCAAGCCUCCGAUAAGCUCCUCCAGUAUGACAUCACGCAUCUUGCUACGCCAGCAACUCAUGCGUGAGCAAAUGCAGGAGCAGGAGCGAAGGGAGCAGCAACAGAAGCUGCAGGCCGCCCAGUUCAUGCAGCAGAGAGUGCCUGUGAGUCCGACCCCAGCCAUAAACGUCAGCGUGCCCACCACCCUUCCCUCUGCCACCCAGGUGCCGAUGGAAGUCCUUAAGGUGCAGACCCACCUCGAAAACCCCACCAAGUACCACAUACAGCAAGCCCAAAGGCAGCAGGUAAAGCAGUACCUUUCUACCACUUUAGCAAAUAAACAUGCCAACCAAGUCCUGAGCUUGCCAUGUCCAAACCAGCCUGGCGAUCAUGUCAUGCCACCUGUGCCGGGGAGCAGCGCACCCAACAGCCCCAUGGCUAUGCUCACACUUAACUCCAACUGUGAAAAAGAGGGAUUUUAUAAGUUUGAAGAGCAAAACAGGGCGGAAAGCGAAUGCCCAACUAUGAACACGCAUUCACGAGCAUCGUGCAUGCAGAUGGAUGAUGUGAUCGAUGACAUCAUUAGCCUAGAAUCAAGUUAUAAUGAAGAAAUCCUGGGAUUGAUGGAUCCUGCUUUGCAAAUGGCAAAUACGUUACCUGUCUCUGGAAAUCUGAUUGACCUUUAUGGCAACCAAGGCCUGCCGCCCCCAGGCCUCACCAUCAGCAACUCCUGUCCGGCCAACCUUCCCAACAUAAAAAGGGAGCUCACAGCGUGUAUUUUUCCCACAGAAUCUGAAGCGAGAGCAUUGGCUAAAGAGAGGCAAAAAAAGGACAAUCACAACUUGAUUGAACGAAGAAGACGAUUUAACAUAAAUGACCGCAUUAAGGAACUAGGUACUUUGAUUCCCAAGUCAAAUGAUCCAGACAUGCGCUGGAACAAGGGAACCAUCUUAAAAGCAUCUGUGGACUAUAUCCGAAAGUUGCAACGAGAACAGCAACGUGCAAAAGAACUUGAAAACCGACAGAAGAAACUGGAGCACGCCAACCGACAUUUGCUGCUCAGAAUACAGAAGCAAUCGUUUGGUAUUUACUAAUUCGGAGUUCAGAGCAACUUUAUAGAACAUAACUGUCUUAGUGCAUUUGGACGGCUGUAACGAAAUACCACAGACUGGGUGGCUUACACAACAAACAUUAUUUCUCAGAGCUCUGGAGACUAGGAAGUCCAAGAUCAAGGUGCAGGUAGAUUCAGUGUCUGGUAAGAGUCUGCUUCCUGUUUCAUAGACAGGGGUAGUGUCUCUGGGUCUUCACCAUGGCGGUAGGGGAGGGGGGUUUGUGGUGUUUCUUUUAUAAGGGCAUGAAUCCCAUUCAUGAGGACUCCACCCUCAUGACCUCAUCACCAUCCAAAGCCCUACCUCCAAAUACAUUGUACUGGUGAUUAGAUUUCAACAUAUGAAUUUUGGCAGGGGUGGGAUGGGGACGCAAGCAUUCAAUCAGUAGCAAUAAUUACCUCCAAUAGUGAGAAUUGAUUGAAGUUGUUAAAUACCGAGAUGCCUUAGUAUUUGGUGGGGGCAUGUAGCCCAUGGUCAAAGCCCAUGUUUAUAGGGAACUUGGAGACGUCCAGACGAUCUUAUCCUCAAGAUAAAAAUUGUAGAAAUAGUUACAGAUAGUGAAAUUAUACCAUAUGUAUGUAUGUAUGUAUCUUUAACUCACACUAUUUAUUCUUAGAGGGAGAAAUACUAACUCUGAUAUGUGGAAUUCAUCUGUUGUUCUGUGUAUCGAGUAUACAUACCAGUGUGAAGUGUGAGAUGGGGCAGUCCUUCUGUACUACCAGCUCCUGGUACUCCUCGUAGGUGCUCAGGCUCUCCGGCUGAGAGUAAACACAUAACUUCCUCUGAAACUGUCUUGAAGAAGACAAAGAAAAAUGGACUCUCUGCUGCUGACCAAAGGAAUUGGCAAGAGUAAUUUUCAUUUACUUGCUGACCUUGAACACAGUCCACCAGUAAGAGCCAACAGAGUACCUUCUUCUUGAGUAGAUGGACCCCCCUUUUACCAUUUUUUCAGGUUUCCAGUGCAACUCUGGUGGCAAGCCAAGCCUGACCCUUCAGACAGCAGCGUGUUUGAUCUGGUGGUGUGUGUCCUGGACACCGAACCUCUUUAACAGAGUCAUUCAUUUAUAAUAAUGAUCUCCGAUCUUUUGAGCACCCCAGAACACUGUGGACAUCUCUCAGUAUCACUUCUCCCAUUGCAGGCAGUGAUCUUCAGCAGGGUGUCAGAUGACGAUUCUCCCCUAGGGGGUGCAUUUUCGAAUGUCCAUAGUGAAGCAGAGGUUGCAUGUCAUUUGGAAAUCCCUUUUUUUUUUAAUCUUUUUUUGUUUUUUGUUUGUUUUAUGUUCAUAUGAUCUCUUCAGUAAGUAGCCAUAGGUCCUUUUCUCUUGAACGUGACAUACCCAUUUAUAAAAGCAGCUUAUACUAAUAUGUUAUUUCCUUAUACAAAUGUUAAAACAUAGGAACUCUUUUGAAAGAGAAGCUAAGUUUUGUUUUCAGCAUCCAAACACGUCUCUUCGUGUGGAAUAUGAGUAUUGUGAAAAACGUGGAUUAGAAGUGCCACGGUGAGGAUGUUGUGGGUUUCUUCCAGUGACAGUGGGGGGCAGCCUGUAGAACUUUUGCAUAUCACAGAACACAUUGGUAAUUAGGGAGGCUCUGCCAUACGGUGAGCCUGAGUUCUCCAGAUGAGACUUAGCACAUUGUUUAGAAAUCUAAGUAAUGCUUUAAUCAGCUGAUAAGCAUUUUUAAUUAAACAACAGGAGAUCAGAGUAAAAUGUUUGCCUCUUUUUAUCCAACUUUCUUUUUAAGACAAACUACAUGUAUGGAGGAGCUGUUUUUAUUAGCAUGUUGGUGUAGAUUUACAAUAGAGCAUGUUUUAAGCUUGGGCCUAAGGGCUUCCUUUCAUUUUCGCUCCAAGUGAUGCAUGCAGAAAUUUUCACAGAAGAAAGAGCAUGAAGCCUUAAUAUCAUUGGAACCAUAAUUUUAUUAAACAACCCAAGGCUUUAAAACGAUGCCUGAAGAGGCUUGUGUUUCUGGAGAUCGAGCAAAGGAACAUGUACAUACUUGUGUGACAUCUCAGGCUCCCGUCUCUGACGUGUCAUGCGUCCAGAGAACAAUCUCUACUGCACACUGAACAUGACUUUUCAGGAACAUACAUUUCUAGGCUUGUGGGCAAAGGUUGAGUGGCUGGAUCACGUGGGAGGCUACUUUUCCCUCCUUCGUGAGGCACUGUGACUUGCUUCAAAUUUAUAUUCUGUCCUUACUAUAUUAGUGUAUGACAAGCAUAGAAAGGAUCGUCUUGGCACAUAGAAGCAGAAUGCUCAUCGAGAGUCAUUUGGGUUCAAUUUAGGAGGGAUCCAGGGAUACUCAGGGAGAGUGGAAAGAGCACACUUGGAUGGCAUUUUGAAACGAGGAACCCAGGGAGGCUGUGACACUUGGGAAGUGCAUUAGUCUUCUCAGGCCGCUCUAAUAAAUACCACUGGUCUGGAGGCUGAAACACCAGAGCAGCCUCUUCUUGCAGUUCUGAAGGCUGGAAAUCCAAGGUCAGGGUGUGGGCAGGAUUGGUUUUUCUUUACUUCCCUGGAAGGCUGCCUCUUCUUUGUGUUUUCCAGUGGUCUUACCUAGGUGUAUCCCUGUGUUCUAAUCUCUUCUUUUUUUAAAUUUAAAUUCAAUUAAUUAACAUGAUGUACUGUUUGUUUCAGGGGUACAGGUCAGUGAUUCAGCAGUCUUAUAUAAUACUCAGUGCUCAUUACAUCAUGUGCCCUCCCCAAUGUCCAUCACCCAGUUACCCCAUUCCGGCACCCCCACUCCCCUCUAGCAACCCUCAGUUUGUCUCCUGAGAUUAAGAGUCUCUUAUGGUUUGUCUCCCUCUCUGGUUUCAUCUUGUUUCAUUUUUUCCUCUCGUCCCCUAUGAUCCUCUGCCUUGUUUCUUAAAGUCCACAUAUCAGUGAGAUCAUAAUGCUAAUCUCCUCUUCUUCUAAGGACAUCUGUCCUAUUGGAGGUUGGAUUAGGGCCCACCCAAAUGACCUCAUUGAACUUAAUUACUUCUUUAAAAAACAGCAUCUCUAAACAGAGUCACAUUCUGAGGUGCUGGGAGUUACGACUUGAACAUACGAAUUUUUUUUUAAGAUUUACUUUAUUUAUUUGAGAAAGAAGAGAGGGGGAGAGAGAGAGAGUGAGCACAAGUGGGGAGGAGGGCAGAGAGGCUCUCAAGCAGGGCACUGAGCGGGGAGCCUGACGUGGGGCUUGAUCUCAUGACCCUGGAACAUAAUAAAUUUUUCAAUUCAGCCCAUCAUAUAAGGGAUGUGAAGAAGCGUAGAAAGGAAUUAUUCAUCCUCCCUAUAAGAACUUUCUUUUGGAAAUAAAAAAAAACAGAAACCAACCAAACGCCAUACUUCCCUUGGCCCUGGUAAGAUGAGUUAAGUGACACUUCUCAAACUUAAGUUCCUUAUGUACAACUUCUACAAGUUUCGCCAUUCCCACCCAGACUUUUUUAGGUCAUGAUACCCUUCGUAUCUUAGUAACUGUUUCACUCUGCCCUCGGCCAAAGCAAUACCUACCAUUUCUUUGUUAGGUCCAAGCAACUUACUGAAUAUUUAGGUCCUAACAACUUAGUCGCCACUUGAAAAUACAAAACAUAGAAGCCGAAAGGAAAAAAGCAUUUUUAUUUUAUUUUUUAAUAACUGCAUUACCUACUAAUGGGAUGUGUGUGUCUGUUGCACACUGCACAGCUUCUGCAGCCACAGAAUCUGGUUGGACAGUGCCACCCUCAUUUCUCCUCCCGUGUUGGUUUUCAUGGAAUUCUUACUUUUUAUCACAGCAACACCAAAGACCCGCCUUCGCAAUGAUACAUGAUGGAGACGCAUGUCGCACAGUUUAAUGCUGAGACUGUGGACCAUCUUGAAUUUGAUAGUUCUCAGAGUAGUGUGCUAUUUCCCCAGAUAUCUGAAAAUGUCACAGUACCCUGAGAGUUCCCUGCAGCACACGCCUGGAUAGGCGCACACAGUUUAGGGACCCCAGAACUGCAUUAUUUACUGAACACUUUCCUUUAAUCAGCUCACAUUUUGAAAUUUUAUAUUCAUAUUUGUCUUUAUUUCUGUGUUUUUAAAAUUUAUCUUCAGAAACAUGAACAUCUGGGAGAGACUGUCUCUGUAUUUAAUACCUAAUGAAAUCCGUGUAGCACCUAAAACUCACAUCAUAUACUACUGGUGGUUCCUAUACUCUAUUUUAAGAAAUAGCAUUUAUUAAUUGAAAAGAGCAAAAAAAAGAUUAUUUUCAUAAUUUAUUGUUUUUUCCUCCAAGUGUCUGACUUUUAAUACUUUACUUUUUUAAAAAAGAUUUUAUUUCUUUAUUUGAGAGAGAGAGUGAGCACAGAGGGAGAGGGAGAAACAGACUCCCCCCUGAGCAGAGAGCCCCACAUGGGGCUGGAUCCCAGGACGCUGAGAUCACGACCUGAGCCGAAGGCAGAUGCUUAACUGGCUGAGCCACGCAGGUGCCCCUAAUACUUUACUUUUUAGAGAAAUUUUAGGGUCACAGCAAAAUUGAGAAGAAGGUAUAGAGAGACUCCCCAUAUGCUCCUGGCUCUCCCACAGGUCCACUGCCAGCCACACCCCCCACCACAGUGGUACAUUUGCUACAGCUGAUGUACCUACACCAUACAACAUCGUCACCCAAAGUCCCUACUUGACCUUAGAGUUCACUGUUGGUGUUGUACAUCCGAUGAGUUUGAACAAAUACAUAAUGACACGUAUGCCCCAUUAUAGUAUCACAUACAGUACUUGGACUGCCCUAAAGUCCUCUGUACUCCGCCUCUUGAAACAUCUGAUUUUUUU